CUGGCUGAAAAUGCUGGGAACUGCAAUCGUCCUUUGCGUCGGUGGCCCAGCCCUCGUCCAAGCCAUUCGCCCAACAGACGAAGAACUCUUCAAGCGCUACAACCCCGAGCUUCAAAAGCGCAGCCUGGAAGAAGGUGACCGGCGCGCGCAGGAAUUCGAUGCUUAUGUCAAUCGGUUGAAGGAGUGGUCGAAGUCGGAUAAGUCGAUUUGGUUCGCCGCAAAGGAGCAAGAGCAGCAACGGACGCAGCAGGCGGUUGAUACGCCGCGGACAAAGCCGAAUGACGAGGCAAGGAUACAGCGCGAGGAAAUGCGGAAGGAAUUGUUGGGUGAGAAAUAGAGUGCGUUGGAUGUCCGCCAUUUUUCCAUAUGACGAGAGCACGAGUACCAUCCUAUGAUCCGACAGGGAUUGGGGCUUAUGUCUGAUAUUGUAUUAUACCUGAUGAUGGGCUUGUACUAUUACAGCUUGAUCGUUACGAUUUAUGUGCAUGAUUGCAAAGGGU